ACCACACAACAAACAAGGAGACUGAAAAGAGUAAAGGCCAAGACCAUCGGAAUGGGGCGGAAGAAGGGAACAGUUGAGUUCGAUGAAACAGCGCCGGAUGACUUCGAUCCAUCGAAUCCGUACAAGGACCCGGUGGCGAUGCUGGAGAUGAGGGAGCACGUGGUGAGAGAGAAGUGGAUCCAAAUCGAGAAGGCGAAGAUCUUGAGAGACAAGCUGAGAUGGUGUUAUCGCAUCGAAGGAGUAAACCAUCUCCAAAAAUGUCGCCACCUCGUCCAACAGUACCUCGACUCCACUCGCGGCAUCGGCUGGGGCAAGGACGGCCGCCAUCCUUCUCUCCACGGUCCAAAGGUGGAGUCGGCCGAGUCUGAAGAAUGAGAUGUUUUUUAAAUUUUUACCUUGGAUUAAUUAAUAAGGUGAUUGCACUUGGCCAAUAGAGGAAUGCCUAAAGUGGAGGGCAGACUGGGCCAGUUUACAUACCAGUUGUUCUUAUCGUUUGUCCUAAUUAAAACAUUUUCUCUUCCUUUUCUUUCCUUUCCUUUCCUUUCAUGAUAUGUAUGGUGGCUAGAUGCUACUGGCUUCUGCUUGUGUCUCAACUGUUAGUGUUAUUUAGCAUCUAACUAUUGGUUGCAUUUUGGACUCAGUGAAGAAAUGAAAAGUACAUCAGAUAAUGUUAAUAAGUUUCUUGUCAAUACUUGCUUCAGUAAUCCAUCAGUUGAUUCUAAAUUUGCGGCCUGAUUGGUUACGCGGUUGUUGAUUUGACGAAGGAAAAGGACAUAUUGACAUCCUAACACCAUAUUGGAUGGGCGGUAUACUUCUGAACUUUAUAUUUAAUGAUAAUGUAACUUGUGAUUAGUUAUUAUCAUAUGUCAGCCUUCUUGGAUGAGAAGAGUUCAGCAGCAUCAAGAUGGAAAAGCUGCAGUAAUUUGUCAAGAUUGUUGUGGAUCA